UAUCCCCUCCACCACGCAUCCAUCGUACUUCUGUUUUAUGUACGAGAAGCAGAUGGACUUGCAGAUAUGUUGUCUCACUCCCUCCUUCCUUUCUCCCCUCCAUCUCAGGUGGAUAAACAGAUUCCUCUCAUGUUCUUUUUGUUCUAUCUGGACCAGUUUAAAUCCAAAAGAAAGGCAACUGUGAAUUAUCAAAAAGCUGUCCAAAUACUGAUCAUUUUGUACACAGUUGUUUGACGUAAGAUUCGAUGGAGGGAGGCGAUAUCCGGUGUUGGGAUGAACUAAUCCCAGAUGCACUCGGGUUAAUAUUUACCAAAUUAUCUCUUAAGGAGAAAUUAACUGUGAUUCCAAGGAUAUGCAAAUCAUGGAGAAAAGCAGUGAUGGGGCCUUAUAGUUGGCAAGAGAUCAAAAUUGAGAAAUGGAGCUACUCCCACCACUGCCAGCCUGAGCUGCUGGAUCGAAUGCUUCAAAUGCUGAUCAGAAGCUCUGGUUCUCCUCAGAAGCUCUGCGUCUUUGGUCUACCCAACGAUGCCAUAUUCUCCUUCAUCGCAAACCAUGCUGGUUCCCUUCAGACCUUGCAGAUGCCUUAUAGCAAAAUAAGUGAUACAAUAGUGGAACAGGUUGCAGGGAGAAUGUGUGCCAUCACUUUCUUGGACCUGAGUUUUUGUGAUAACAUUGGGCCUCGUGCUCUGGAAGCAUUUGGUAGUAACUGUAGAUUGCUCUCGGGCUUGAGAAGGAACAUGCACUAUUUUGGUUGGGUCUGCCAUGACGACGAUGAAGCUCAUGCCAUUGCAACCACAAUGCCUGAGCUCAAGCACCUUGAGAUAGAUUACUUGUGCAUCACAACUGAAGGGGUCCUUGACAUUCUCUCUGGCUGCAGGAAACUCGUAUUCUUGGAUUUGACAUGCAGCUCAGAUGUUUUACUUGAUGAGAAGUUCCUCAAUGAGAGAUGCCCUGGGCUGGAGUUGCAUAUAGAUUUUGCCUACAUGUAUUUUUCGGAUUAAUCGGAUUUUAAAGUUGACUUGAGCACCAGGCUGGUGAUAGCUCUAAGCAAGAGAGCACAGAAGGGGGUUUGGGACAAGAGCAGAGAGGUACGAAGGGUGAAUGUGGGUGAUGGUGCUGAGUUUUGUAAGAGUGAUUUUUUUUGGGGGGUGGGGUGUGGUGAAGGGCAAGUGUAAUUGUGUGAUGUUGGGGUCUGAAUCAAGAGAUUUUAGUUUUUCUUAAGACUUUGGGCCUUUGUUCGGGAUUGAUAUGAUAAGGUUAUUACUAUCAUUCCCCUAUAUUUGCCUUAUUUUAACAUAGAACUCUGUUAUCCCAA